GGACUUUGGCUAAUGUGAAGCAGGCCGUUCACGCGCGAAGCUGUUGUAGGACAUAUCGCAUCUCAGAUGGAGGAAUCGUACAGUUGCCCGCAGCCAUGAUUUUCAGGAACCGCUCCCUGAUGGGCGCUGCAUUGUGCCUGCUUGUCCUCAUCAUCUUUCUGCUCGCACAGGCGCAUGAAGGGUCCUUCGCCUCUAUCCUAGCUACGUCGUCGCUCAAGAAGAGUCCGCAGGCCGCGCUCACACAGCUAACGACGCAUAUCGUCCUCUUCAAAUUCAAAGACGGUGUAGCACCCGCGGAUCUGAAAGAUGUCACCCUGCAAAUGCUCAGCCUCCAAAAGUCAUGCAUCCACCCUACCACUGGAGCACCGUAUAUCAAGUCCAUAACUGGUGGAAAGGAUAACUCACCCGAGGGCCUCCAGGACGGCUUGAGUCACGCUUUCGUUGUGCAAUUCUUUUCCAACGAAGACCGCGACUACUACGUCAACCAGGACCCUGCACACGAUGCUUUCAAAAAAGCAGCAGGGCCGAUUAUCGAUAAGGCAGUCGUUGUGGACUUUCAGAAUGGCGUCUUCAUGCAGACAGAGGUGGGUAUCUAAUUUACGGGCUUGAUUCGGACAUUCUGGCAAGAAUUGACGCCAUAUCACGUUUUUCGAAAGGUGCUCUUUACUUUAAUGCUAGUUGUGCAUAUCUCAUCUCAUGUACCUACCAAGAUGCUUACUCUUUGCCAGUGAUCGGUAGCUGGGAGGCUGUAGAGUACCCGCAAGCAACUCCGC